GAAAAGAUAUAUAAAGGUGGCUAGUUACAAGACUGUGUAUGACUGAGUAUCAAGGCCUCUUUCCGCUUCUCUGAAAUUGGAUUUUCACUUGUCUCUUAAAUUCAAAACAAGUCAGCCAACUCGACGACACCGCUCUUUGAACUAGACACUACACUCUAUCUCAAAGCUUCAAUUUGACCAUGUCAUCGAUCCCCCUCAGCUUCGUUGGUGCUGUCAAUAUUGCUGUGCGCCUGGUUACGGAAAAAUAUCCAGAUGCUCAGCUCCUUGAGGCUUUAGCUACCACUUCAAAUAAUUCUUAUGUGAGAUCUCCGGUGUUUUCACACUUGAGAGUCAUUUUCCAUGUUGAGGGUGGCACCGCCUUUAUCGACUCGACCGUCUGGGGUGAAUUCGGUCCCAUUUCUUAUGUUCCCGAGCCUUGGGUUGGUGAUUUUGUUAUCCCAUGGCCUGUUCACAUGGAUACUCGUGAGGCAGACGACCUUUUGAAAAAAGCUGGCUAUACCGCGCCAUAUGAUAGCACGCUCCUGCGCCACCCGGUCUACCCUGGCCUUGAAGAGCCAUAUUAUAUUUUCCGUCUGCAGACCGAGGAAUUCAUUUUUGUCGGCACCAACUCUAAAAAGGUUUUCCCGGCGGAUCAGGGGACUUUGGAAGUGGUGGAACGUUCAAUCUCGACCCUGAGAUCACUGGGUGAAUAGGCUGGAUGCCUGUGUCGCUUGCUGUCUGUGGCUCAGCUUUGGAAAUUGGCCACUGAACUAAAUAAUCCGGGCAUACUAUCUUUCCACUCAUUUCGAAUUUGUGUGAGUACUUGGGGGAUGGUGUAUGGAGCACUCAUUAUGUCUUUCCGUGUCUCUAGCUGUAUUUAAGUCAACUAGUUAGCUGUUUUUUAUAACACAAGGAGUAUGCCACAUCUUAA